AUUGAUAAACAAUGCUAGGAAACUUAGAAAUGAAAGAUACAAAUUGGGAAGAAGAGUUCGACUCAGUCCAUAUAUCCAAACAAGACUUGAAUAAAAUUGUCAUGAACUAUUUAUUAGUCGAAGGGUACAAAUCAGCAGCUGAAAAGUUUAACCAGGAAGCAGGAAUGGCUACUUCUCCAGAUGACCCUCACAACAUGAGUGGACUCUCGGGCUACAGUCUUAUUGAAGAGAGAAGAUCCAUCAGAAUACUUAUUCAGGAGGGAAAGAUUGUACAAGCAGUGGAAAUGAUUAAUGACAUUAACCCUGAAAUUCUAGACAAUGACGAAGAACUUUAUUGAAUGAUGUGCAAGCAGAGGUUGCUAGAAUUAAUAAAAGAGAAUAAAGUUAAGGAAGCCAUUAAGUUCUCUCAAGGAUCUUUAGCAGAAAAAGCCAAAGAAAACCCAUGGCUGUUAGACCAAUUAGAAGAAGUGAUGUCUCUCCUUGCCUACAAAGAUAUCAAGGACUCCCCGAUGAAGCACUUAAUAGAUAUUUCUCAAAGGCAGAAACUAGCCUCAGAUGUCAACAAGGCUAUCUUAAAGAGCCAAUGCGUACCAUCAGAAGUAAAACUUCCGUUUUUCCUAAAAAUGCUGGCCUGGAGCGAAGAAAAAAUAAGCGAUCCAGAGUACCCAAAGAUUAACUUUGACCAGAAGUAAAC